AAUCAGUACAAAGCAAGUUGUGAGUCAGUCGUGACAGCAGAGCCCCUGACUCAGACACAAAGUUAAUCUGUAACCAGUUGGGUUUAAAAAGGGGAGAAGAGGAGCCACAAACUUCAGUCUGAACCUCACACAGCAGCUCCAAAGACAAAAGAUUUGAGAGAAAAACAACCUAAAGCAAAAUGCGGAGACUACAGGCACCUCUUCUAGUCGUUCUUCUAUGCUGCUGCUUGUCGAGAGCCAACCGGGUCUACGUUCACCCCUUCUAUCUGUUUGCUGCUGAUAAUGUCAGCUGUGAGACCCUGAAGAACCAGAUGAGCAAGCCUCUGGAAACACUCCCCGUCAGCCCCCUUGACAGUGAAGUCUUGACACCAGACAACAGGGACCCAUCAAAAGUGAAUCGACAGAACAUCACUGAAAGGACGGCCUUUCUGGCUGAGCUGCUGAACCCUCUCGGCCUGAGAAUGUAUCUUGCUCUCAGCAAGAUGCAGAGCAGCAAAAACACCCUCUUUUCUCCCGUCAACACGUGUGAGUCUCUAUUUAGUUUCUACCUGGGAGCUUCCAAGACGACGGCAAGCUUUUUUCUGAGUCUUCUAGGCCUGAGUGACAUCGUCAGAGAGGAAUGUUUGUCCAUAGUGGAUGGACACAAAGUUCUCGGCACCCUGCAGAACAUUCAUUCUUUCAGUGGACCCGAAGAGAAAAUAACCACCCAAGUCUGGGCCUUCGCUCGCAAGGAUGCUCAGCUGUCAAGGGAUUUUAUCCAAGGAACACAGGACUUCUCCGACUCCUCAUUUAUCAGAGGAGUGGACUUCUCCAACCCCCAGGAGGCGGAGACUUUAGUGAACAGUUUUGUGGAGAAAACGUCAGAUGGAAACUUGAGGAACGUCUUCGGAGACCUCAAUCCCAGCAGCAACAUUUUGUUCCUCUCCUCCUUCAACUUCCAAGGGAAGUGGAAAACAGCCUUCCAGCCCGAGAAGACUUCCCUGCAGGAGUUUUACUUGAAUGCAACAACAACAGUGAUGACUCCAAUGAUGACGCGCACAGGCCGCUACCACUACCUGAACGAUAAGUUGAAGAGAUGCACGGUUCUGAAACUGCCUCUGACCAAACAAGCCUACAUGCUGCUGGUUCUGCCUCAUGAAGGAGUCAACCUCAACAACAUCGAGACAGAAGGAAAUCUGCACAUGAAUGUUUUUUCUGCCUGGCAUCAGAACCUUCAAGAAGGUCCAUUGGAGCUGUCACUCCCGAAGCUCUCCACGUCUUCUGUGAACGACCUGAACGACCUGCUGACCAACAUGAGCCCAGAAAUCGAGGCCAAGUUGUUGGGCUCUGAGGCCGAGUUCAGCCAGCUCAGCAACAUCACACCUUUCAGCAUAGAUAAGGCUGUAAACACGGUGCGGUUAGACUUGUCGGAAGAAGGAGCAGAACCUGAAGACGAGAAAGAAGCAGCAGACGUCCCUCUGAGACUGUCAUUCAACAGACCGUUCUUCUUCUCCGUCAUUGAAGGAUACAACAACGCCAUUCUCCUCCUGGGCAGGAUCACCAACCCCUCAUUUUGAAGAUGCGCAGCAGGAUGACAAAUACUCAACUAACUAUAUUUAAUUAUUAUUAAAUUAUAAAGUCUAUAGCUUAUAUUUCUGCAGGAAUUAGCUUUUAAUAUUUUGUAAUGAUUGUGAGGUUGUUAAGUCAGUAUUUAAAACAUUACCUCACUGGAGGCUAUUCUCCAGUCAGCUGAAAAUGUAGUUUAUUUCUUUUGCAGUAAAUUUUAUUUGCAGAGUUUUGUACUGUAUUUUCCACUAGGAUUGGUAACGGUCAUCUUUUGUGAUGGAAAAGCUUGUAUAUUUCAUAAUUUUUAUUUUGUUUCGCUUUGAUUUGCAAUUGCAAAAAUAAAUGGAUUUUGAACACUGAAA